CAAACCCCAUAUCCAUUUCCAUGAUUCAUCUGGUAUUGUGCUUCCAUUUCGUUACUCUCAAUUUCUGACUUUCUCUCACACGGACUAUUCUUUGCAGCUGAGGUUUUAGUUCUAAGUAGCUGCUCACUGGAGUCUGGAUGCAUCAUCAAGCGGCAGCACUCGAAUCCCCAAUUUCAUUACAUGGGUUGUCUUCUAGAUCAACCCUCCUCCAAAACCCUAUACUAAUUCCUUCCAUUCUCCCCGUUUCUUCACAAAAGAGAGGUUACCCUCUGUCUUAUUCUUCUUCCACUCUUCGCUGUAAUGGACUCGAAGUUUCCGUUCCAAGGCGCCGGACUCUCACGCCCGAAUUCUUCAAUUGUUCCGACGAUAGGGAGAGGUUGAGAAGUGGUGGAGCCAAGGUAACUGAUGUGGCCGCCUUCGGGAAUCUCUGCGUUGAUAUUGUGCUCAAUGUGCCGGAGUUGCCGCCUGGUUCGAAAGAAGACCGUCAGGCUUACAUGAAUAAAUUGGCUGAGUCUCCUCCUGAUAAGAAAUACUGGGAAGCUGGUGGGAACAGCAAUAUGGCAAUAGCAGCUGCAAGACUAGGACUUAGCUGUAUAGCAAUUGGACACGUUGGUGAUGAAAUUUAUGGUAAGUUCUUCGUGGAAGUGCUUCGUGAAGAAGGAAUAGGUAUGGUUGAGAUGAGCACUGAUAGUGAUGAAAUGAACAAGAAGAGUUCUAGUUCUUCUUCAUAUGAAACACUUCUUUGUUGGGUAUUAGUUGACCCAUUGCAAAGACACGGUUUUUGCAGUCGAGCUGAUUUUAGUGAGGAACCUGCAUUCAAAUGGAUGAGCAAUUUGACAAACGAUGUAAAAUUGGCCAUAAGAAGUUCGAAGACAUUAUUCUGUAAUGGUUACUGCUUUGAUGAGCUUGCUCCUGGACUGAUUGUUUCGGCUUUAGAGUAUGCUACAGAAGUUGGAACUGCUGUCUUUUUUGAUCCUGGUCCAAAGGGGAAAAGCCUAUCAAGAGGAACAUCUGAAGAACAAAGAGCACUAAGGGAAAUUUUGAGAAUGAGUGAUGUGAUUCUUCUAACUUCUGAAGAGGCUGAAUCAUUAACUUACAUAAAGGACCCGGUCUUAGCUGGGAAGGAAUUGCUUAAAAACAGUUUACGCACAAAAUGGGUGAUUAUCAAAUUGGGGGCAAAAGGUUCCAUCUUAAUCACCAUGUCAAGCAUAUCUUGUGCACCUGGUUUCAAGGUUAAUGUUGUUGACACUGUUGGAUGCGGAGAUAGUUUUGUAGCCGCCAUUGCGUUUGGUUUAAUUAAUGAUAUGCCCAUGAUUCAUACCUUAACAAUCGGAAAUGCUAUUGGUGCUGCAACCGCCACGGGGUCUGGUGCAGGCAGAAAUGUCGCGACCAACAAACGAGUCCUAGAGAUCUUGAGAGAUGCGAAUCUAAACGAGGAUGAAGUAUUUUGGAACAAAUUACUUUCUGACCACUUGAAUGGAGAAGAGGAAAUCACACUCCUCUCUAAAUCGACAAUGCUGAGCAACACUAUCAGUAAUAAGCUGAAACAAAUUCCACUUAAUAAGGUCACUACUGAUAUUUUGCCCUUGCUUGAAAGGGCUGAUGUUACAAAUGUUGUGCCAUUAUGAGAGUUGUGUUGGCGCAAGUAUACCACACAUAUUAUUCAUUUGCAGACUAUUUUUCGCAAUUCAAUUUUAAAGUGUAUUAUCCACAUUAUUAGAGGAUUAUUGUUGUAUGGGUAAUAUACAUGAAUUUUAUUAUUGCCUCAAGGCUCUUGUCAUUGACAUUGUUGUAUAUUGAGUUGGUAGGUUAUUUUCUUUUA